AUGGCGACAGAUGAACCCUCCAGAUCCCCGACAACGGAGCAAACGCCUCUGCUUCGCGAGGCCUGCCCCGCCGAUUCAGGCCCCGAAAAUGGAGCCCCCCUGGCCAAGGAAGCCAGUACAAAAGAGCUGGUUGUGAUUCUAUCGAGCAUAUGGCUUGGAGUAUUUCUCGCCGCACUCGACACAACGAUCGUCGCGACCCUCUCCGCACCCAUAUCCUCUUCCUUCAAUUCCUUUUCACUGCUCUCGUGGCUGGCUACUUCCUACUUGAUCUCGAAUGCCGCCUUCCAGCCUCUCAGCGGCCGGUUAACCGACAUCUACUCGCGUCGCUGGGGCCUGAUCUUCUCCAAUGUUUUCUUCGCUAUCGGCAAUGUGAUCUGCGGGUUGGCAAAGACACAAUCGGCUAUCAUUUUUGGUCGCGUUGUCGCAGGUGUCGGCGGGGGUGGUCUCACGGCCAUUUCCACUUUUGUGACCUCGGACUUGGUUCCCUUGCGCAAGCGUGGUGUGUGGCAAGGCAUUGGUAAUCUCUGCUAUGGGGCAGGGAGUGGACUUGGAGGGGUCUUUGGGGGAUGGAUCAAUGAUACCCUGGGAUGGCGAUGGGCGUUUUUGAUCCAGGUCCCGUUCCUGGCGGUCUCGUGCGUCAUGGUUGCCAUCAAGAUAGACAUCCCGGUGAAGAACUCGGACACAGCCCGGAUCCGACGAGUGGAUUUCCUCGGUGCCUUCACGUUGAUCCUGGCGCUGGUAUCCUUGCUACUUGGGCUCAAUAUGGGCGGCAACCAAGUGCCGUGGACGCACCCAAUUGUUCUCACCUCGUUGCCCCUAUCGCUGGUAUUUCUAGGCGCAUUUAUCUAUGUGGAAGCACGGAUUGCCUCGGAGCCUAUCAUUCCCGUUCGCCUUCUCCUGGAUCGGACGGUUGCCGCAGCCUGCCUGACUAACUGGUUUACGACGAUGGCAGUUUUUGGCCUUCUCUUCUAUUUGCCCCUAUUUUUCCAGGUGCAAGGGCUCUCGGCCACUGCUGCUGGUGUGCGAUUGAUCCCUCAGGCGGUUGGUACUUCCAUCGGAUCUCUAGGUUGCGGCGUUAUCAUGCGCGCCAGUGGUCGAUACAAGAUUCUCAACUCGGUUGCCAUGGCCCUGCAGGUCACCGCGGCUGCCCUGAUCUGCACACUGGAUCUCUCCACCCCUGCUUGGCUGCCCUUCCUCUACUUCUUUCUAGGGGGCGUCGCCUACGGAAGCAUGCUGACGGUCACGCUAGUGGCACUCAUCUCGGCGGUGGACCAUCAUCACCACGCGGUAGUAACGUCUGCAUCCUAUGCCUUCCGCAGCACCGGAAGCACGAUCGGCAUCACCAUCGCCUCGACUGUGUUCCAGAACACUUUGAAACUGGGACUAUGGUCCCGGUUUCGUGGUCGUGAGCACGCCGAAGAGCUGAUCUCGCGGAUCCGAGAUAGCUUGAAUGAGAUCCGCAAGCUUCCCUUGGAUUGGGUCCCGGGGGUUCUGAAUUCCUAUAUGGAUUCCUUGCGCGCUGUCUUCCUCACUCUGCUGGGACUCACUGUACUGGGGGCGUUGACUAGUAUUGCCAUGAGAGAGCAUACGCUGCACAACAACCUGGCGCGACGUUGA